CAGAAACAGGAGCGCACGCAUGUGUCCAACAACGUCUCGGAGUUACUGGCAGACAUCAGACCGGGGAGAAUUAUAAGAUGCACAGUAGCCAUGGACCAAAAACUCAACGACUGAAGCAGAUACUCAAGAAAUUAUAAACCCUACCCUACUUAAGAAAAUAAAAAUAGCUGUGGCGAAAAUGAGUAAAAUACUUUUUGGAGCUCUGUGGCUGGAGGUCCUCCUGGUUUUCGUACCCCUGGGAAGGUGCAUGACUUUCACCUUACUGCUGUCCAUGCCCAACACCUCCAUACCGUACAGCGUGGGAAGAAUUGGAGCAGCAGCUUUGAUUGCCAUUGACGCGAUCAACAGGAGUCCAGACCUACUGCAAGGUCACCGGCUGGAGCACGAGUACGUGGACGAUGAGUGCAGCGCCGUCCGGGGCUCCGGAAAGGUCGUCAGCCUGCAGCACCAGCGCAACUACAGCGCGUUCAUAGGGCCGUGCUGCUCAAAGGUGUGUUCCCAGAUUGCCAGACUUGCAGCCUACUGGAACAUUGCUGUGGUCAGCCCCAUCUGCGCAGACCAGGAAUUUCUGGAUAAGAAGGACUUCCCAACUCUCACCAGAGUAUUUGGCCCCUUCACCAAGAUGGGUUCCUUCUUUGUCAAGAUAUGCAGGAAGUUUGGAUGGAAGCGGAUCGGCAUCAUCUACUACAACGAGCCCAUCUGGACCAUGCCUGCUGAAGGAAUCAGGUACACAGCGGAGGAGAAGAACAUCACUGUGGCCGGAUAUCUGGAGUUUCAUGACCUGGACGAGCAGGGAAACGCCUCCCUCUCCGCAGCCGAGAUCCUGCGGCAGGUUACGGCUGUGGCGCGCGUCAUUGUCAUCUCUGCUAGAGGCGAGAUGGUGAGGACCUUCAUGAUCGAAGCCUACAAAGAAGGGUGGAUCAAUGGAGACUUUGUCUUCUUCUGCUUCGAACUCUUCGAGCAGAGGGACAUGUUUGGAGACUUCAGCUGGAAGAGAGGAGAUGCAUAUGACUCCAUGGCCAGGAAAGCUUAUUCAGCGCUGUAUCGACUGUCCCUGUACAAACCUGAUGACGAGCGCUACCAGAACUUCUCUGCUGAUGUCAUCCGAAGAGCAAAGGAAGACUUUGGCUACACAUACACCCCUGAUGAGAAGGUGUCCGUUCUGGCCGCUCUCUCCCAUGAUUCCGUGUGGCUGUACGCCCAGGCGCUGCACGAAACGCUGUCCGAAAACGGAGAUCCCUACGACGGGUACGCCAUCACCCAGAAAAUGUGGAACAGAACGAUCACAGGCAUUCAGGGUGACGUGACGAUCGAUGACAACGGAGACAGAGAGUCGGCCUACAUGAUGCACCACUUCCAGAAGAGUAAUGGAGAGUUCGAGGUUAUUGCAAAUUACUUUGGGACAAAUAAAACAUUUGAACAAGUGGAGGGGGUCAUGAUCAGAUGGCCUGGAGGCAGAACAACCCCCCCUUUGGACAGCCCUAAGUGUGGAUUCAGAGGGGAACAAUGCCCACACACUGAAAGAAGCCUGGUGAUUGCUGUUGCAGUGAUAAUCAGCUUGUUGGCUGCAGGGACACUCCACAUAAGUCUCCUUUACAGGAAGUACAAGCUCCAGGAGAAGGCUUCGAUGAUGUCAUGGAAAAUCGGUUACAGCGAGGUCACUAUAGUGACAGAGCCAUACACAUCCCCAUCAGCAUGUCAGGUGGUUUACUUCAAUGACAAAUCAAUGCACUCCUCUUGGGGAGCUGGGGAAGGAAACACAGAAGGCCAGACCCCGAGCCACAGGUCUGUGGUGUAUAAAGAGAAUGUGUGUUCAAUUUGUUUCUUGCACGUGAAAAGUGUUAAUUUGAACAAAGAACUAAUCACAGAGUUGAAACAGUGCAAAGAUUUAAUACACCCAAACAUCUGCAGCUUCAUCGGAGCCUGUUUAGAUUCUCCUCAUUUUUUUCUUCUGACUGAGUUCUGUCCUAAGGGAAGUCUGCAGGACAUCCUGAGGAAUAACUCCAUCAAACUCGACUGGACUUUCAAGUCCUCGCUGAUGCUGGACAUCGUGAAGGGCAUGGACUACCUGCACCGCAGCCCCCUGCGUUCCCACGGUCACCUGUCCUCCUCCAACUGCGUGGUGGACAGCAGGUUCGUGCUGAAGGUCACCGACUUCGCCCUCGAACACCUAAGAUGGCAGGUCAGGGGGGAGAUGGGCAGCGACCAUUGCGACUGGCAGAGGUUAUUGUGGAGAGCACCAGAGCUCCUGAGGCACAGGGGGGCCCCCAAGGGGACGCAGAAGGGCGACGUGUACAGCUUUGGCAUCAUCGUCCAGGAGAUAGUGUACCGGUGCGGCCCCUUCUUCAUCCCCAACUGCACCCUGAAGGCCAGAGAGAUAGUGGAGAGAGUGGCGGCGGGGGGCUGCAGCCCCCUCAGGCCCCACGCUGACCCGGCGGGGUGCCCGGAGAGCGCCGAAGCCCUCAUGAGGAGCUGCUGGAGGGAGAGCCCGGCGGAGAGGCCCGACUUCUCCGCCCUAAAGGCCGUCGUGAAGAGGCUGUGCCCCAGCGGAGGGAGUGACAACAUUCUGGAUGACUUGCUGUCUCGCAUGGAGCAGUACGCCAACAAUCUGGAGGAGAUUGUGAAUGAGCGCACGGCCCAGCUCCUGGAGGAGAAGAGGAAAGCCGAGAGCCUCCUCACGCAAAUGUUGCCAAGAUCUGUCGCCAUCCAGCUGAUAGCUGGGAAGGCGGCACGAGCCGAGACCUACGACUGCGUCACCAUCUAUUUCAGCGAUAUUGAAGGAUUCACUGCCAUGGCCGCUAGAAUCUCUCCCAUGCAGGUGGUUAAUGUGCUGAAUGACUUGUACACAUUCUUUGACAACAUCAUUGACAGCCAUGAUGUUUACAAGGUAGAGACCAUCGGUGAUGCCUACAUGGUCGUGUCUGGCUUGCCGAUCAGAAAUGGCGAUGACCACGCUAAAGAAAUCGCCAGGAUGUCCUUGGCAAUUGUGCAUGCCAUGAAGCAGUUCAAAAGCGAACAUGUGCCAAACCAACAGCUAAAGGUUCGCAUUGGACUCCAUUCAGGUCCCUGUGUGGCAGGAGUGGUGGGGCUGAAAAUGCCACGCUAUUGUUUAUUUGGAGACACCGUAAACACCGCCUCGCGGAUGGAGUCCCACGGGUCGCCCCUCAAGAUCCAUGUAAGCAGUGCAACCAAGGCCCUCCUGGAUAAAUUUGGAACCUUUCACUUGGAGCUGAGGGGAGACAUUAAUAUGAAGGGGAAGGGACUAUUGAGGACAUACUGGCUUCUGGGCGAAGAACCAUGAAAGUUUUAUGCAUAUAGAUAUUUUGAUGGAUUAUGCAGCUCUAAGAAAAUCCACCUCAGACAUGUUUGAAGUGUAACUUAUUUAACUUAAAAAAUAUAUUUCUGUUAUUCUUUGUACAUGUUCUGUGUCAAGUUUAGACAAGAAAUGCUUACACAGCUUACCAUUUUAUGAUUACACAUCCCUUUUGGAUAUCUUGUUUACAAGUCGUCUUUUGAUCUUGUGAAAUCUGAUCAUUUGUCAUCUGAAGAUUCUUAUUUCACUUGUGAACAAAAAUUGUGUGCUUUCACAAAAGUCUUCAGCUUUACGAAGACAUUCACAUUUCCAGUCAUGUGCUGGACACAAGAUUUUUAACCAACAGAUUAAGUUGUUUUGGAAAGUGUCUUCCAUACCAGACUCAAAGUCCGUCAUCAAAGGAAGGCCAGUUCACUGAAGUGCUUCUCUGGCUCAACAUUCUGCUGACUUUUAACAAAUGUCAGGCCUAUGAGGUGAUUAAAAAAAAGAAGUAAAUA